UGUCUAAACCCAUAAGUGUCGAAAAAACUUUUUUUGUGGCUAAAUUCAUUAAUAAAAUUUUUUAUAGUGGUAGACAUUAAAGACUGAAAAUGUAAGGCAUCCACGUGGCACCCUCCUUAUCUCCUCCCAGAUAAGAGCCCCAGCCUUCUCCACCAGAACGGAACCAUACAAUACACCUUCAGAUAUCCUAUCCCUCUCCCGCCGUAGAUCUCCUUCACAUUCCUUCAUCUCAUCCGUCCAUUUUCAGCCAAAAUAAUCCACUUAAUGCCAAAAAUUCCCCAGAAUCCAUUUCCUCUCUUUAGCCCACACUCACACAGACUGACGGAUUUUCAAACUCGUCGGAGAUAAAACCACCGGAAAUGGCCAGUCUCCAGCAAACUCCGAUCACUUUUCGUAGCCGUACUCCGUUAUCCACCCAGAUUCCGGCUGCCCAGACGAGUAAACUCUCACUCACCUCCGCCUUCACCACCGGGAUCAAAAUCCCCAAGCUCAGAAUCAAGCCCCGCUCCUCCUCCGUGGGCAAACGCAACCGCGGCGCCGGUGGCGCAACCAUGGCCGACACGGCCGCAGGAAGCUACGCCUCCGCUUUAGCCGACGUGGCGACAUCGAACAACACGCUAGAGCAAACCGCCGCCGACGUGGAGAAGCUGGAGAGGAUCUUCUCCGACCCGGAAGUAUCCGAGUUCUUCAACAACCCGACCUUCGACGAUUCCAGGAAGCGCGAAGUCCUAGACGAGAUUGUGAAGUCGGCGGAGCUGCAGCCCCACGUGGCGAACUUCGUGAACAUUCUGGUGGACAUGAAGCGGAUCGAGCUGUUAAACGACAUCGUUAAGGAGUACGAGAAGGUGUACAAUAAGCUGACGGACACCGAGUUGGCGGUGGUGACGUCGGUGGUGCAGCUGGACUCGCAGCAUUUGGCCCAAAUUGCGAAAGGGGUCCAGAGAUUAACCGGGGCCAAAAAUGUUCGGAUCAAGACGGUGAUUGAUCCGGCCCUUGUAGCUGGAUUCACGAUCCGGUAUGGAAAUUCUGGGUCCAAAUUGAUUGAUAUGAGUGUGAAGAAGCAACUUGAGGACAUUGCUGCUGAGCUUGAACUUGGAGAAAUUCAAUUAGCUGUAUGAGGUGGUUUUUUUCUUAAUCUUAUUAUAUAUGAUGAAUACCAAAUUAAUCUUUUCUUCAAUUUUGUAUUUCGGAAUUUUUUUUGUAACUAAUGUUGAUUUGGCGAUGACAAAUCAAGAAAAACUAUAUCAUAGUAUUGUAAUUUGCUCGCAUUUUGGAUGAUGGGUAAAUAUUGGAACUUUGAUCAUGGUUUAAGUUGAGAGCCAACAGGGCUAAUGUCAGCACUCAACAGCUUACACAACGCUAGAUAAUAGAUAUUUCUUCGUCCCAAUAUGAUUGUCGUGUUUGUCAUCGUUCGGAUACAAAACCUUAGCAGAAUAUAAUUGUAUGUAAAUUGUCAGCAAUCUUCAAUAGUCUGAAGAUAGAACGAAUCAGAUACAGAGCAUCUUUCAUGUUACCACUAAAAACAGAACAGGCACACCCCAAAGUAAACUUUGAUCAACAGUAAAGCAUAUGACAGC